AUGAACAAUCAAGCGAGUGGGCCACUGCUGUCGAGGCAUCCAACGACUGAACGAGGUGCCAGAAAACCGAAGUGCGCGCGGUGUCGAAAUCACGGAUUCAUUUCCUGGCUGAAGGGCCACAAGCGUCACUGCCACUACAAGGAUUGCACGUGCAUUAAAUGCAAUCUCAUCGCUGAGCGUCAGCGUGUCAUGGCCGCCCAGGUGGCUUUGAAGCGACAGCAGGCCGCGGAAGAUGCCAUCGCGAUCGGAUUGAGGGCUGUGGCUACCGGGGCCAGCGCAGGCUACCUGCCACCCGGUCCUAUUUUCGGCAUGUCAGUGACGUCUCCGAAGCCCGAGGAGGCCAACGAGUUAUCUGGAAAGAAACCAAACUACACAUCGUCGGCCGGCUCUGGAGAAGACGACUCGGACUCGGACCCCACAGAUGACUCCUGUAACGCGACUUCAGUAUCCAAGGAAGGCCCGGAUGAAACGGAGAAAGCAAGAUCCGUAAACUCUGAGCCAGUGAUAGAAGGAAAAUGCGUGGAGGUGGACUCCGAGGAAGUUCCCGAACCUCCAAAGCGGCGAAAAGUGGAAGAGGCGAAAGGUCCCGAGGGGAAUUCGUCAACCGCUGCUGCUGGGGCCACUGUUGGCAAAACGUGGGACUACAAACUCACGCCCAUCGAGAUUCUUUCGCGGAUCUUCCCGGGCCAAAAGCGGUCGGUAUUGCAGUUGGUUCUCCAGGGCUGCAAGGGCGACAUCAUCCGGGCUAUCGAGCAUUUCUUGUCCUCGAGUGAUUUCAAUCAAUCGCCGGCGCAACUCAUGCAAAUGGCGGCGGCUGCAGCCACUUUAUCUCGCGUGAGCCAGCAGCAGUCACCCACGAGUCAACCGAAGGCGCCGUUCAAGUCCGCCUUUACGCCACUAUCCCUGCCCCAAGCGCCCCCCGCACACCAGAACUCGCCGUUCGGUAGUCACGUCCUCAACUUCCCCGACAUCGUGGCGCCUAUUUUCAUGCCGAGGUCGACAGGCGGGAUGUAUCCGUCACUUUCCAUGCCAGAUCCACUCGGUUUCCUGCCACCGCCGAGUUUCCACACGUCGCACACGUCCAAGCUGGCAGCUUUCCCUCGGGCUUCGACGUUUCCGACGCUCGAGUCCAUGGGGUUCAGCUCAGGGAUGCUGGCUGGAUUUCAGAACUAUGGCCGAUUGCCGAACCCCAUGAGCUCUCCGGAAGCUCAGGGCCACAUGAAUCUAGCGAUGGGACAGAAUUUGUUUCCAGUGCAGUCGCAGUCGGCCAGCAGGACUCCCAGCCCGACUCAUUCCCCGAGUCCCACCAGAUACGGCAGCGACAGCCCCGACAGCAAUAAUGCACCGGCAAGUGACAGCGAGACCAGGCCCAGAACACGUCGGUAUACUUGA